UCAGAUCCGGUAGCAAGUAGGUGAAUGUCAUUAGAGUAUGCAAUUUGCACAUUGUAGCCGUUCCACAUGUCGGCUUUGUGUGCUUUAAGUUCCUUUCAACGUUCAAUUUGGUAGACGUUACCGUGAGACUAUUCUAAAUGGAUGACACAUGAUUUCCUGUAACCGUACAGUAGUAACGGAUUGUGAUGCGUGUGUCCCUGAAACGUAAUUGUCAACGUGCUCCAGAUACUGGUUGUGUGGUCUGCAACGGUUACAAGUGACAUAGGAUGCGAGGACCGGCGGUUAAUGAAGGCAAGAUCGUAGCACCACUCUCCGGCUACAGUCGGCCCCCAUACGUUAGUCGAUUGUUUGCGCGUUGGAUCGUGUUGACCCUUAAGCAUGAGUAGAGGUACAGGAGCUGGAUAUGACCGUCAUAUUACCAUAUUUUCUCCAGAAGGGCGUCUUUACCAAGUUGAAUAUGCCUUUAAGGCAGUCAAAUCGUCAGGCAUCACUUCAAUCGGGGUGCGAGGCAGAGAUUCGGUAUGCGUUGUCACGCAAAAGAAAGUCCCGGACAAGCUUCUCGAUCGAUCGAGCGUCACGCAUCUCUUUGUUGUCACCAAGCGCAUAGGACUUCUAGCAACUGGGAUGACAGGCGAUGCCAAGUCGCUGGUAGCCGGCGCUCGAGCAGAAGCAGCAGAGUUUCGCUUCAAAAUGGGUUACGAGAUACCCGUUGAUUACCUCGCGAAGAGGCUUGCUGAUAAGUCGCAAGUGUACACUCAACAUGCGUAUAUGCGGCCUCUUGGAGUUUCUGCUAUGUUCAUUGGCAUGGAUGAUGAGCAUGGACCUCGACUGUACAAGUGCGAUCCCGCCGGCCAUUUUGUGGGGUACAAGGCAACCAGCUCCGGAGCAAAAGAACAAGAAGCCGUUAAUAUCUUAGAUAAAAAGUUGAAACACAACCCCCAGCUUUCAUACGAUGAAACUGUGCAAAUCUCACAAUUAUCAAAACAUUUCUUGGAACGUGGCAGACAGCUAUAUGCGCAUUGCAGAGUAUCUUGCUAGAAGACUUCAAACCUACAGAAAUUGAGGUUGGUGUGGUCAGCCAGGCCGAUCCAAAUUUUCGACUGUUGACUACAGAAGAUAUAGAUGACCACUUGACUUCCAUAAGCGAGCGUGACUGAUAGUAUCUUCCCGUCAAACUUUCCGUGUGCUUAUCAUUGUUUCAAAACUUCAGACCUUUACAAAAUCUUAAGGCAAACGUUACUUGAAGUUUCUCUUUAGCAAACUUGUCUCACUCUUAAUUAUUACUUCUCUUUCUUUGACGGAUAGAAGUGCAGAUUUAGAAGCCGGAGAAAAAACAUGGAUGUGUAUAUGCGUCAAAGUGGCACACAAACGAAGGGGUCACUCCACCGCCAUGCACUCACGAUAACAAGGGUACACAUGAGAUUGAAGUUCCUUGGGUGGGAAUUUUGCACAUUUUUCUCACUAGCAAAUGCUGACUCCUUCACGACAGAUUGGCAAUAAGACCACAAACUGACAGAGGGGAUGACGUUUAGGAAUUUGAGGCUAUUUUUCUAAUUGAUUUCGGAGGUUUGAGAAUCUCAUUUAUUUAUUCGUGCACUUGAUUUCCUUUGAACUGAACGUGUUGAGAAUGUGAUGGGGUUGUGUUGUUCUUCCCAAAGCUGAGUUUACAAAAAGCAUUACCCUCUCUGAUCCUCAGAGCACGGUCUGAAUCUGGGUCAUGGGGGGAGUGGAUCUGAUCAAUAGAAGAGUUCCCGAGGCUGCAGAUGUAACCAUAAUGGCUGUCCAAAAGAUGUCAUUCACCA